GAAAGGCGACUUGAAGAAGAACGAGAACGAAGAGCAGCCGCCAAGAUCGGCGGCCGGGGACCUCUGCCAGGUGCCGGAGGACGACCAAAAGAAGAGGACAGUCGCAGAGCGCAGCGACAAGAACUGCAAGCCGAUCGGGCCGAAGCGGGAGGAGGCAGCCGCGGACCUCUGCCAAACAGCGGCGGCCAUGGACCACCGAUUACCUGCGAAGUUGGGCCCGUUUCGGAUUGUCCCGAGUAUGAACUGCCUUGAGAGCAAGAACAAGAUCCACCUGCCUAGCCUGCCACCGAUACCUGCGGCACUACGAGCCCUCAAGCCGAUCGAGCACCACCUACUCGCCAUGGCACGCAUAUCCCAAGUGGUGCUGGACAAGCUGCCCUCGGGAGGUCCGAGUGGACAGUGGGGCCGGAUGUAUGCCGUGCUGAUGCAGGACCCGUGUAUCUGUGACGUCCUGGAAGGUGAGCUACAGACGCAGCACCUGUUAUAUCGAAGCAAUUUGGCCGUCCAGGACGUCAUUACCAAGAUGAGUGCUAUCUUGCAGCAAAGAUCGUCCGAGGCUACAACACGCCCUACUGCAGUAAGCGAAGAGCUCCAGCAGGCGGGGACGGAGGAAGACGACCACCAGUUUACCUACCUCGUACCGAAAGAUCCGAAAGUUCCCAGAGCCGACUUGGUCGAACUACGGCAGACGAGAGGCAGCGCCCAGCUGGCCGACGACAUCGACGUCAAGUUCUUUCCACAUUUAUUUCCAGAUGGAACGAAUGGCUGGAAGGACGCGUACAGAAGCUUCGCACAGUAUGCUCGAAAGCGACUGCUGGGGCAAGAUGGUCGCUUUGAACAGUCUGCAUCUUACAUCAUGUGGCUAUUGGAAACACAGUUGAAGAAGCGGCUGUCCGGCAACGUGAAUGUUCGC